ACGAUGUAUAAAAAGGGUUAACCAAUGGUUUACGACACCAGCCCUUUUUCUAGAGGAGACAAACGACUGAAUAUUAUUUCUUGCUGACAUCAACACUGCACCAAAACGGACAGUUCCAUUCUCGAACCCUUACCUGACUUGAGAUCAAGAAAAAAAAAAAAAAAACUGGAACACCUUCAAAAAGUGCUCCGAUGAUAAAGAAAAAUACAUCUGGACAUGAAGUUAUUGCACUUGGCUAUUUUUUUUUAAAUGAAGUCGUUAUAUCAGAAAGAGGCUAAAGUUUGCAGGGGGUCCACCUUAAUUACUGGUUGGGUCGCCCAGGUAUAUAAAGAAGAGAAGACGAGCGCUCUUCUGCUCUUUCUCCUCGAACGCCAACAUGAGUUACGGAUCGGACAUCUACUCCUCCUCCUCGUACCGAAAGAUCUUCGGCGACUCGCCCCGCUAUGCAGCCUCUCCGUCCAGGCUGAGCAGCGCCUCCUCCAGCCGGAGCUCCAUCUCCUCCAGUGGCUUCAGGUCUCAGUCCCUCUCGCGUGCCUCGUCUCUGGGCUCCUACAAGAGAUCCGGCAGGUCCUCCUUCUCGCCCAUCCCCAGCGAGACCUUCGAUUUGACCCAAAGCUCGGUCCUGAACAAUGAGUUCAAGAUCAUCCGCACCAACGAGAAGGAGCAGAUGCAGGGUCUCAACGACCGCUUCGCUAUGUUCAUCGAGAAGGUGCGCAACCUGGAGCAGCACAACAAGGUGCUGGAGACCGAGCUGGUGACCUUGAGGCAGCGGCAGAACGAGCCCUCCAGGCUGGCCGACCUCUACCAGCAGGAGAUCCGGGAGCUGCGGUCCCAGCUGGAGAUGGUCAAUGGAGAGAAGUCCCAGAUCCUCAUCGAGAGGGACAACAUCGAGGACGACAUGCAGAAGCUCCGGGCCAAGUAUGAAGAUGAGAUCCGAGCUCGCGAGGACGCGGAGCAAGCGCUCAAGGCUUACAAGAAGGACGUGGACGAUGCCACCAUCGUCCGCCUGGACCUGGAGAAGAAGGUGGAGUCGUUCCUGGAUGAGAUCUCCUUCAUGAGGAAGGUGCACGACGAGGAGGUGGCCGAGCUCAUGAGCAUGAUCCAGGCGUCGCAGGUCUCCGUGGAGAUGGAGGUGUCCAAGCCGGACCUCACCUCCGCCCUCAAGGAGAUCCGCGGUCAGUACGAGUCCGUGGCGGCCAAGAACCUGCAGUCGGCCGAGGAGUGGUACAAGUCCAAGUUCGCAGACCUGAGCGAGCAAGCCAGCAGGAGCAACGAGGCGAUCCGGGCGAGCCGGGAGGAGAUCAACGAGUUCCGGAGGCAACUGCAGGCCAAGACCAUCGAGAUCGAGAGCCUGCGGGGCACCAACGAGUCCCUGGAGCGGCAGAUCCGCGAGAUGGAGGAGCGGCACAACGCCGAGAUCGUCGGCUUCCAGGACACAAUCUGCCAGCUGGAGAACGAACUGCGCACCACCAAGAGCGAGAUGGCCAGGCACCUGAGGGAGUACCAGGACCUGCUGAAUGUAAAGAUGGCUUUGGACAUUGAGAUUGCAGCAUACAGGAAGCUCUUGGAGGGGGAGGAAACCCGCAUCAGUUCCGGGAUGACCUUCUCCACCCCUAACCCAAGCCCCAGCCUUAACUACGGCUACCAGACACGCGUCUACACCAGCACCUCCAAGAGCGCCAAGAAGGAGGAGAAGGAGGAGGAGCCGCAGGGCAAGUCCAACAAGGUGGCCACCCAGCGUGAGAUGUUCGAAGAGAUUAUCGAGGAGACCAUCUCCACCAAGAAGGUGGAGAAGAAUGAGUCUAGCAGCAGCUCCCCCAACCAGAAGAACUAAAAAAAAAAAACCUUUGCCUUUCUCCUGCAGAGUGGUCUCAGAGAGGAAUCCACCACAAAACCAACUUCACAUUGCACUGUCCAACUACAGUAGUCUCUAUAAUCAGUCUCUAGAAACCUCACUUCUGAAAUCUCAUAAAGCACUUUACAAUAAGAGCAUAAAUACUCAACAGAUCUCACACUGGGCUCAAGUUUACAUGGCACUAUAUAUUACAUGGAUGUCAUUCAGAUCUAAGUGCACUGCCAUAGGCCAAAAAUGAUUCUCGACACAUUCCAGAUGGUAUGUGUGUAUGUGUGAGUAGCGUGCACAGUCAACUAAACAUAUCAGAGCUGUAGCGUGUUCUACCCAGCAUUCCACAAGCACAGUGUGACUGAAUGAAAACACUUGUCUUUUUCAUAUAUUAUAGUGAGCUAGGUUUACUUCCACAUUGAUGAAGGAAAUACCGUACGUAAAACACAAGGACAGCCUAUUUCAUUUGUUUAGACAGGCGGUGUAGUUUCAGACCUUUUGGGGAUCUUGACAGAAGCCCUCAAUUGCAUCGUUAUUAGAGAAUGUUCAAAGGCCUACUCAAGAUAGCGUGGUCACUGUGACCUUAAUGUCAAGGACCGUUGCAUCUGCAUGUAACACAGCUGCCCGAUGGCAGAGUCCCUUAUUAAAAUGGGCAAAUGUUUCCCGACAGAAUUGGAAUUCCUCUCCAAGAUUGCUCUUUAAUGUAUUUUUGAGUCUCUUACCUUGAAAUAAGGAAACAUGCUAAUCAACUGUUAGUUGCAUGAUGUCAGUAUUUCAUGUUUGCAUGGUGAAUGUCAAUGGGCUUUUGACUGUUUCCUCAUGACCAUACUGUAGAAAAUGAAGGAGAGUGUUUUGUCUCCUUUGGCGUUCUCAUCUUUUACCGUAUUCCCAUUAACAGAACGUAAAGCUGUGAAGGGAAGUGAGAUUAACACCUUGGCCAGCGUGGUGGCUGACUCUCAUCUGCAUAAAUUUCAUGGUCUCAGAUGACAGCUGGUCAUUUUUCAUGUGGUGAUGCAAGUUCUUGUUCAGAUCCGCUCCGCAGAGUUUGUGUGAACUCAUGUGUGCUUACUGACACGCUCCGGGUGCCAUGGACACCUGUACCGGUCAAGGAUGGCUAUAGAAGCCUCCAUGUAAAACCUCAGCAGUGCAAGUUAAUAUUUCACACAAAUGCAUGAGGUUGGUAAGGAAAAUGCUUUUGAUCGGUAGUCCCUUUUUGUUAAAGUCAGCUCUUAGUUUCAUGCACAAUGAUAUUCUAAAUAUACUCUUAAGGAUGCCUGAAACAUCAAGACCACUUCAUAUACUGUGCUACCAAGCCUUAGUAAUACAAGCAACAACUUAAAAGACCACUGAUGUCUGAUCUGACUCACUUUAGUUUGUCAAAAUAAUAAUACAUGUUCUUGUAAGACUGAGUCCACACUGUGUAACUUUUACCACUUAUCACCAAAUCACACCAUAAAGGUGCAAACGAAGCAGAUUUUCGCUUCCUUAUAUUCAUUUUUUUGUCUUCAAUGUAGCCGACCUGACUUGUAUCUCCUACCCAGCAAAUAGAUGAUGACACCUGCCCUAAAGAGAGCUGAUGCCGGAGUGUCCAUCGAAGUUAAGGUGAUCUCCGAAACUACAGGUGGCGUGAGGCACCAGUUCACUGAAGGAGUGCUUAGGGCACAAUGCCAAAAAUUAUUCUGGCUUUCAGAAAAAGCAAUAGUUAAAAUCUCCACUAGACUGGUGGAAGUGCAUUCUUCCUGUGUCUCGCUGACCGUGACGACAACAUGCCUGGUAACGGUUGACACGGCACCUAUCCAAAUAUCCCACAGACGAAGCGAUAGGUACGUACAUUUGACCGCCGGAAACAUAGCCACAACUUUCUUCGAAAAACAAUCACGAUUGCACUGCCAACCUUUUCUAGUGCAUGUGCAUCAAAGCAUUCAGGAGAACUUUUUCUAGAUGUAAUGAAAUAAGAACAACCGUAACCCACAAAAAGAGGAAUGCUGUAGGUAGUAACAAUGCCUUAACACCACCAGCAGUUGAUCGACUGGCAGUCUGUUUGCACAGUGUUUGGUUCCAUUAGGGGUGCGCCUUCCCUUUUCUUAGUCCAGCGUUACAGUUCCCGAGAUCAUGUCAGAAGAAAAGAAAAAAAAAUUAUGAAUGUAGUUCAAGAAUUGUUCCUUUGUCCGUUUGCUCUAUGGCACAUUCCAAUAAAACCUUCAAUUCUAAAUCAAUAAACACUGAUGU